AUGUCAUUCUCUACGCAACACGGUCGGGUUGAACAGGAGCAAGUGUCUCGUAAAUGAAAAAGUUGAAUAUUAUUAGAAUUUUAUCUGAAUAACGAUGUUUAUGUAGUGUGUGUCGAUUGUGCGCUCGUGGAACCAUGGGCUACGAUAUCCGUUGGAUCAUACCGCGGCUCAGGAACCCCGGGAGACUGUGGAACUGUGCUAGUUCUCUCACUGUAGCUGUUGUAGGAUUAUUCAGUAAAUUUAUCGUAGAAUUUCUGAACAAGACAACGGUGUACAACCGCGACGCGCUGUCUCGCGCGGUGCAGCGGCCGCACGAUGUGCCUCUGCUGACCGUCUCCAACCACCACUCGUGCUUCGACGACCCGGGGCUAUGGGGUGUGCUAGACACGCGCACGCUGCUAAGCAAACGGCGCAUGCGCUGGUCGCUGGCGGCGCACGACAUCUGCUUCACGAACGCGCUGCACGCGGCGUUCUUCGCGCUCGGCAAGUGCGUGCCCGUCGUGCGCGGCGCGGGAGUGCAUCAGCCGGCGAUGGACUUCUGCGUGGAGCGGCUGUGCUGCGGCGAGUGGGUGCACAUCUUCCCCGAGGGCCGCGUGAACGUGGACAAGGAGCACAUCCGCUUCAAGUGGGGCGUGGGGCGGCUCGUGGCCGACAGCGCGGCGCGGGGCCGGCCGCCGCUCGUGCUGCCCGUGUGGCACGAGGGCAUGGACCGCGUGCUGCCCAACGCCGAGCCCUACCGCCUGCAAGCGCGCCGCCGCCUCUACCUGGCCGUGGGCGAGCCCAUCGCGCUGCGCCCGCUGCUGGACCGGUCAGUAUACUGCCGCCGCUCGUGCUGCCCGUGUGGCACGAGGGCAUGGACCGCGUGCUGCCCAACGCCGAGCCCUACCGCCUGCAAGCGCGCCGCCGCCUCUACCUGGCCGUGGGCGAGCCCAUCGCGCUGCGCCCGCUGCUGGACCGGUCAGUAUACUGCCGCCGCUCGUGCUGCCCGUGUGGCACGAGGGCAUGGACCGCGUGCUGCCCAACGCCGAGCCCUACCGCCUGCAAGCGCGCCGCCGCCUCUACCUGGCCGUGGGCGAGCCCAUCGCGCUGCGCCCGCUGCUGGACCGGUCAGUAUACUGCCGCCGCUCGUGCUGCCCGUGUGGCACGAGGGCAUGGACCGCGUGCUGCCCAACGCCGAGCCCUACCGCCUGCAAGCGCGCCGCCGCCUCUACCUGGCCGUGGGCGAGCCCAUCGCGCUGCGCCCGCUGCUGGACCGACUGAAGGAUAGCAACGCGUCCGAAGAGGAGACGCGUCGUGUGAUCACCGAGCGGAUCCAAGAGGAGCUGCUGCGGCUGCGGGACCGCGCGCACGCGCUCAUCCAGCGCGCGGUCGGGCGCCGCGCCGACGGGCUGCUCGACCGCCGCACCGACACGCUCACGCCCGCCCCGCCCGCACCGCCCGCACCGCCCGCACCGCCCGCACCGCACACACCGCACACAGCACCGCACACACCGCACGCCAACGGCAAGGAGCGCCCCCAGCCGCCGCGCAGGGACACCGACAGCGAGAAGGAGCCCUAGAGCGGCCGAUACCAAUGAAUGAACAUCGGAGUGGAUACAACUGUAGGCUAGAUGAAAACCAGCGUCAGAACCGACGCGGUUCUAAAGAUACAAGUACUGUAAGCUACGGAUACAACGUCCUCGAAUUAAAGGGGAUGGCCAGUGAUGAACUCGAGUGGCGAUGUGAAAUAUUUAUAAUUUUAUAUGUAACUUUUACCAAUGUGAAUAUCCCCCGCCGACGGAUUUGACGCGUCCCUGCGGCGCAGGGCGGUCGCAAAUUCCUCUACUCGAAGAGAUAUAUUUAUGUAUCGUGACGGUUUCCAAAGUAAUGUUUGGUUUUAUCGAAACUAGCAUAUCAAGUGUAAGCGUUAGUGGAUACGUUUUAUAUGAAUUUACAUUGGUCUGGUCUGUGUCGACUUCUGAGACGCACAACUCACGACUCUGAUUGCCUUCGACUAGGUUAUACGCGCUUUUGAAUAGCCUCGAUGAGAUUUAUUAGUUAAAUCAAAUACUCCAUUUCAUUUGUCUGAUAUUGUUAACAUGCCAAAGUGAAUUAUUUUUUAUCAUGAAAUUCCACUAAGUUGCUGACUCCUUGCGAACCGCUCGUAGCAUUUAGCAAAAUUGACCUACCUCAUAGAAUAUGGAGCUUGCUACACAGUGCAAGGAUACCUGCAAAGCCAAACCGUAUCUUUUUUAUAGAAGUAAUAAAAUUGUAAAAAAAAACGAAUCCAGUAUGAGCCAAAUAUAUUGCCCUGUGUUUUCUAUUUAUAAAAAAAUAUUUACUUAAAAACAUUCUAAGAAAAAUAUCAAUCUAAAAUAUUGAAUUCUUAAAGAAGGCGAUCACAAAUUCCACGUGAGCUCACGUUUGGAUUGUGCAUUGAGACCUUGACGUUAGUUGUGUGGCGGCGAUGAGGCGAAAUGUUUUAAUACAAUAUUUAUAAUAUUUCCCCCAACACCGCACCUAGGUGCACUGUAGAUAUAAGUUAUGCGUGUCUAAGUAAUAACUCGGUGUUUUGUACGUGUGUGCGUGUGUGCGUGCGUGUGUGUGCGUGUGUGCCCGGUGCCACGUCACUAGAAGUUUUAUAAUCGAAAAUUAAAUAAAUUUCGAUAUUUUUUAAAUGUUGUAGAGGUCACACAUUGUUGUUUAGGAAAUAUUUUCUUAAAUCUUCGUUCUUUACUAUUUAACUGUUGGUGAAUUCGAUGUGUCGAUUAUAAAUAUAUUGUUAGACUUGUGUCAAAUGCGAGCUUUCCGUAGUGCCCACUGUCCCGUUGACCUUUUUAGUAUUUUUACACUUUACCUCGUGGUUAUUAUUUACACCCAGUAAUAGAUUAAACUCCAAAUUUUCAUAGACAUAUAUUAGACCGGAAUCAAUGUCACGUGGAGUUGUACUUAAAAAAUAACUUAUACUAUGCUAUUUGUUGUGACGAGUUUUGCAUUUCAAACUAAAUUAAUUAAAUUUUAUUUUUAAACAUAACCAAAAUUGCACUUGACGUGAAAUGAAUUUUUAUAAUUCCAAUGUAAUCGAAGAGGAAUUAAUUUGUAUGUAAAACAAAAAGUCUAAUACCAUGUAUUUUCUUAUUAUAUGAAAUAUUACAGAGGAAUAUAAGAAUUAUGAUCACCUAUUUAGGGCCGAUUUUUGAAUACUCCUAACUUUAUCUAGUAAAUAAUAAUUAUUCUGUCUCUUUCCUUUGUUUUAAACGCUUGAGAUGUCUUUUAUAUCUUUCAUAUAACUUUUACUAGGAACUUAAAAAUCGGCGCCUAAUCUCGCAUAAUAUUAAAUUGGUUGUGCAUCUAAUUUUCUCUUCACUCAAACUCGUAUUGCUUAGUGUAAAUGUUGUGUAUAGUGAAGUUUAUCUUGCUUGUAUUUGCGUGUACAAUUCGUUCUAAGCUAAUUCCUCAUAAUAAUUGAGCUAAUUGUGAGUCGUGUCGUGGUGUAUAGUGAAAGAAGUGUAGUACGUAGCUGUUACCAGAGGGUCGAGUGUCCUGCAAUCAGUCAACAUUACUUUUGUAUAAAAUUGUCUUCCGCUCAUUUUUGUAAUUAUUAUUUAUUUUUAAUAUUAAGUUUAAAGUACGCUUCGUUUCUAUUUUUCUAAAUUAAGAUAUUUUUAGAAACCGGCUCAUGCGAUGACAGUGUGAGUGAAUCGUAACAACACAGGACCAAUUUUAAUAUUUCUAAUUUUUUUCGACGAUUUGAUAUCAAUUGUAAUAAGCAGUUUUCAUUGCACAAAUCAGUAUAAUUUGUCGCUUUCUUAAAUAUUGAUUUAGUUAAUGCUCCCAGAAUGUCAUAGUAGUCAAGUGAAGUGGGCUGAAGUUGGAUUUUUAAUAUGUUCCUGUGUGCUCGUACGGGGGAGGGGAGUGAGGUGCGAGGGGGGAGGGGUCGUCGAUGUUGUCCAAAGUAUGCGCUUUUUGAUGAAUUAUGUAUAUGUUUUCGGUAAUAAAUCGAUGGACCUUAUAAA